AUGCUGAAAGCUGGACCUUGCAAAAACCAGGCUUGUGGAAAGAACGCUGACAGAGCUUAUCCUGAAGCAACAACCCGACUCUUAGCAGUAGAUGAUGAUGGUGACCUUAUCCCUUUCGAGGUCUGCGACUAUUGCAACUGCUGUUGCAAAAGAACGAUCUUCAGAUACAAGAUCAGAUCCAGAGAUUCUCAAGUAGAGCUCUAUGAGAAUGGCAGAAGCUACCCUCAGGGGCCUGUUCAGGCUAUUCCCAACCUGAAAGAUGAAGUAGUAUUCCCUACACUCAAUGCUAGGAAGAUGACAACUCCCUUGACCAUUCCCAGGAUUAUUCCUGAUGAUACCCUGACUCCUCUGGCUAUUGCCAUGAAGAUAUCCACCCCGGCUGUUACAGCCACGACCAUAAUUCCUCUGGCAGUAGCUGCCAAGACCCCAAAAGCAAUUCAUUUUGGAAUGAUCACGACUCUCUUCCCUGACACCUCAGUGUUUCCCAUCUUCGGGAACAUUGUCCCUUUGACUCCUACCCUGACGAUUCUCCCGACUCCUGCUUCUAUAAGUGAGAAGAAUGAAGCCCGCAUUGACUGGGCCGAUGAAAUGGCGAUGAUGCCAAUUGUUCCUCUGGAACCUAGGAAAACAUGA